AUGAUGAGAAAAUUCCGGGUUCAGUAUUAUGAUUGUAGGUCGAGCAGUUUCCGCUUCAAUGUACUAGAACAGAGUCUGUUCUUAGCAUUUUCCUCGACGUUUAAAAGUUUCAAGCAUAAAAGAAGUCAUAUAAUGAAAAGGCAAUGCAUAAAAACGACGCAGACUGAGGAUGAAGAUGAUCUGAACUUUGUCCGCUAG